AUGACACAUGGAUGAUCCAGAACUACUUGCACCAUCGUGUUUGUGUUAUCAUCACACGCCACCCAAACAAACCGAAGCCACAAACACAAUGAAGAAAGAAUAACGAUUCCCAGUCCUAUAAUCCCUUCUCCUAACUGACUCUAAUCGCCACUCUCCACACACAACACACAGUCACCAUUCUUGGAAAUGCCAGUUUCAGCAGCAGCCUCAGUUUCCGGAGGCAUUGCUUUGCUCUCCCACUUCUUGUGCACUGAUAACGCUUCCCAUAAUGUCCUCAUCUCAAACACUCCAAUCCCAUUGAAUUUCCACUUUAGCCUUUCUCAGAGUUGUUCGACCAGGCGGCCAACUUUUUUGAGCGCCCCAAGAGUGUCGGUUUCAAGUGGCAGCAGCACGAGUACUGAUGAUGGGGUCGAUCAGUCUUUCUUUUCUGAUGAUGUUAGACAAGCCCGGAGGUCUGCGGACUGGAAAGCAGCAAGGGCAUAUCAUGAGAAGGGACUCAUCUAUGAAGGAAGAAUUGAAGGAUACAAUGGUGGUGGCUUGCUGAUAACAUUUUAUUCUCUCCUUGGUUUUCUUCCCUACCCACAGCUGAGCCCCUCUCAUUCAUGUAAAGAACCUCGCAAGACCAUCCAAGAGAUAGCAAGAACUUUGGUAGGUUCUACAAUUUCUAUGAAGGUGAUCCAAGCUGAUGAGGAGAACAGGAAGCUGAUUUUCUCAGAAAAAGAAGCCAUCUGGUCAAAGUAUUCUCCUCAACUAAGUGUUGGGAACAUUUUUGAAGCUAGGGUAGGAUCUGUUGAGGAUUAUGGUGCCUUUGUUCACCUACGCUUUCCAGAUGGUCUUUAUCAUCUGACGGGAUUAGUUCACGUGUCAGAAGUGUCAUGGGAUCUAGUGCAAGAUGUGAGAGACAUUCUAGUGGAGGGUGAUGAAGUGAGAGUCAAAGUUGUCAGUAUAGAUAGGGAAAAGUCAAGGAUCACACUGUCAAUAAAACAACUGGAGGAAGAUCCUCUUUUGGAAACUUUGGACAAAGUUAUUCCUCAGGACAUGCCGCUAGAUUCUGAUGCCUUGAAUGCAAGUGAUCAUUUUGAUAUAGAACCGCUUCCGGGGCUUGACACAAUUGUUGAGGAGCUAUUGAAGGAAGAUGGCAUAGAUAAUGUGAAAAUCAGUCGGCAAGGAUUCGAGAAACGUGUGGUUUCCCAAGAUUUGCAGCUUUGGCUUUCAAAUGCACCACCUACCGGCGAUCAAUACACUCUCCUUGCACGAGCUGGACGACAGGUUCAAGAAAUACAACUGACAACAUCACUUGAUCAAGAAGGAAUCAAAAGGGCAUUGCAACGAGUUUUAGAACGCGUUCCAUGAAUCUUCGUCCCAAGCUAUAUAAAUGUUGCAGUUCCCACGUCGAACUAAAAGAGUAGAAAAUUUUCUGAUUCGCGGUUACAGAUUUACGACGCCAUGCAGCAGCUAUUGUACAGCUUCAACUUGGGGAAAGCUUCACCACUUAACUCCUGUACAUAGUUUCGGCAAUAUCACGUUAGAUUUCAAGAAUAACGUAAUUUCCUUCCAUGCAUUCUGUGAUAACACUUAUUCUUCCAGUAAGUCUCUGUUUACUUUGGUAUUUUCUAGCUAACAAAUUGUUUGCUAUGAAAUUCUACAUGUGUUUAAGAAGCAAUAAACGCCUUUUUUUUUGUU